GCUGGGGCAGGUGAUCUUCCGGGUAUAUCACACUUCCAUGGAAUUUCGCACGGGAUAGUGCAGAAAGCACCCCCCCACACACACACACACAGUUAUAGGAGCUGGCUAUUAAAGACAGCGAUAAAGGAAGCAGUUUGUGCUGAAUCAGGAUGGGCUGAGAGUCUGAGCUGGAGGCCCCAGUACACCCAACGGGGCUAAAGCAGUCCCCGGUGCCCAUCAGGAGCUCACCCCUGGACUGGAGCCUUCAGUAAAGAACAUGGGCUGGCCUUCUCUGUGUUGUCUGCAGAGAGCAGCCAUUCUGGUGGGAGAAGCCACGAUUACCCCGAGUCUCUGGCCUGAGAGGAGAGCACAUGGCUCAUCUGAGAAGGGGAGAUAAGACCCAAGCAGGAAACCAGUAACGUAUGAAAAGCUCUCUUGAGUCAUGGCUUCGUCAAAGCUCCGAGAACCUGUGGAUGAAGUUUUUGACCUGGACUUGGCUGUACCGGAGACCACCAGACUGGACAGCAGCUUACACAAAGCCCGGGCCCAGCUGUUGGCCAAGGGCCGGAGACACCGGCCUUCCCGCUCCAGGCUACGUGACAGCGCCAGCUCUGCUGAGGACGGUGAAGGCUCUGAUGGACCCGGAGGCAAGGUGACCGACGGCUGCGGUAGCCCCCUGCACCGGCUGCGCUCGCCUCUGCACUCGGGCCCCGGCUCCCCGGCCAGCGGCUCUUUCUGCCUGGAGCCCCCCGGCUUGCGGCGCAGCCUGGAUGAGGACGAGCCGCCGCCCUCGCCCCUCGCCCGCUACCGGCCCCUGCACAAUGCCGCCUCGCAUGAGGGCCUUGCGGCCACCUCCGGCUCGCCUCCGCGCUCCGCACCCUCCUCGGACAGCUCCCCCAGCUUCGUGCGCCGCUAUCCCCGAGCAGAGCCGCACAGCGAAGAUGACAGCCGGGAUGCCAGCCCCCCUGAGCCUGCCAGCCCCACCAUCGGCUUGGAUAAGAAGACUCGCAGAAAAUUCCUGGACCUGGGGGUCACUCUCCGCCGAGCGUCCACCAGCAAGAGCCGCAAGGAGAAGGGUAGCAACCGCCUGUCCAUGGGCAGCAGGGAGUCUGUAGAAGGUUCUGGAAGGACAGGGAGCUCCCCCUUCCUGCCCUUUUCCUGGUUCACAGACAGCGGCAAAGGCUCUGCUUCCUCAGGGAGCACCACCUCCCCGGCCUGUUCCCCCAAACAUGAGGGCUUCAGCCCCAAGAAGUCAGCUUCCCAGGAAUCCACCCUGAGUGAUGACUCCACCCCUCCCAGCAGCAGCCCCAAGAUCCCCAGUGGUCCUCGACAGGAGUCCAAGUGCUCCUAUCCUUACCACACGCUGUCCCAGUCUUCGGAUGAGUUCCUGGACGAGUCCCUCCCCACCAUACAACACUGGACCAGCCAGCAGGUGGGCCAGUGGCUCCGUAGCCUCAACCUGGAACAGUACACCGCCGAGUUCGCUGCCCGACAGGUGGACGGGCCGCAGCUCCUGCAGCUGGAUGGGAGCAGACUGAAGAGCCUGGGGCUUAGCAACUCGCAUGACCGGGCGCUGGUGAAGCGGAAGUUGAAGGAGCUGGCAGCGGCUGCUGAGAAGGAACGGAAGGCGCAGGAGAAGACCGCGCGCCAGCGCGAGAAGCUGCGGCGCCGUGAGCAUGAGGCCAAGAAGAGCUAGGGACGGCUGGCGGGGCUGGCACCCCGGCGCACUUGCAGCCACCUGCAUGGGCCUCACCAGGGAAGUAGGGUCUAGGCACCAGGUUCUUGGGGUACAGGACCCCUCUCACCCUGUUUGGACCGAGUCCUCCGGAGGGAGAUCCCAGGGAGAGGGCCCAGGAAUAAACCCAAUUUCGAGGACUUGCUUGGCACAGAUUUCCAGGGGGAAGCAGGUGGCAGAUGAGGAGGGCAGAGGCCAGGAACGCAGCAAAUCUGGAGCCCAGAGGAGCCCGGUUCGGGCUGAACCUCUUCCCUCUGGCUAGAGUGGUACCGAACAGGAAGUGAGCUCGCGAGAGAGGCCCUACGUGACCAGGAUUCCUAGGCUCAGAGAGCAGCGGCCUGGGCAUCCCGACGGGAGACAGAGCUGUGUCUCCUCAGCUCUUGAAGGUGGCUGUGUGGUGGGAGAGCAGAUCUCCCCAGAGAGGCCAGUGGGCACUGCGGUAGAGUCACUCAGGGCAGAUUCCCGGACACCUCCUCCAGGUGGAGAAGAGCGGACAGUGCGGGGUGAGCUGGCCUCUGUGAGGACUGCAGGAGGGAGGCGGGGGCUCUUUCUCUCCCCCACUCACUACCCUGCAGGAUCCAGUGGACAGGACGGCACUGCUCCUCUCCACUGGGUCAGGAGUGGGUCUUUGGCCCCUUCACAGAGCUAGAAUCCACUUCCUCAGAGAGUGCUUGGGCCGUCUCUGGGGGCAGGAUAAAUGGGAGCUGCUGGGGACCCGGGACAUUUCUCCCCACUAGUGCCUAGGUGGCACUGAACUGGUGACUUCCGUCACCCCAGCCGGGCAGAGGCACAAUCUGAGGGUGGCCUGGAAGCUGCUGGGUCAGAAAGGUCCAUCGGCUCCCCAGGUGCCCCGGGGUGUGUCAAGGCCUCAGUGGGCCGAGAGCGGACAAACGUUGCUGGCUCAGGUUUGCUAGGCUACAGGGAGGCCUGGGCCAGCCCUGGGUGGGUCUGGCACAUGUCCUGUGUAGGCUAUGUUCAGAGGUAGAGGGUCCAGUUGCCAUGCUGACCCAGCUUCUCAGGUGCUGGUCGGCUGCUGCUGGGCCCAGGAGGUUUCUGAGGAGAAACUCCCAUCCCUCCCAGCUUCCUGGAGGGGUGGACAGGACCUGCAUGCUAACCCCCUCUCUCCUGCCUGGGGAAGCGGCUGAAGGCCAGGGCCCUGUGCUUGGGCUGAGCCAUUUGUACUGGGAGAGGGGCCUCAGAGGGAAACUAAGGUACAGGGGCAUUGGCACUAUCUAGACUGGGUGGGGAGGGUGGAGGCCCUACUGUCCCUAAAGCUGUCAGGAGCCAAGUGUGCCCCACCUGCAUGUGAAGGGGGAGAUGGUUCUCAACUUCUUUCAAUAAAUAUUUACCACACACCAAUGAUCUUUCUGUCUGGGACGAGUGACUAAGCUACGCCUUGAGUACCCACUGGGCGACGGGCUGCCAGGUGUUCUGAGGGGAUGGCCCUGCCUUGUGGUGUACGCAGGUUGCCGGCGAGGCCAGGUCCUGGGUACAGCUGAUCCUGGAGGACCGGCCUUCACAGGUGUGCAGGUGUGGACUCCCCCUCCCUCCCCUCCCCCAGCAAGGCAGCCAGCCGGACGCCAGUCUCAUUUCAUCUAUUUACUGUGGAUGUCACUGUCACCGUCCCAGCCACUGGGAGGGGCACACAGCUUUAACCCCUGUGUGCGGAGGGGGAGGGAGGGUUGGCAUCUGAGAUUACAAAACCGGCUAUGUACAUGGGGUGUCCUAGGGUGAGUCACCUGCGCACACAUGGUGGGCCCCAGGGGUUUGGGGUCUAAAGCUCAGGCAGGACAGGGUGGGUGUACACUGGGCAGGGAGGGGGGGUGUGUAUGUGCAUGUGAGGACAUGCUGGGCAAGGAAGGGUUUAGGAAGCAUCACAAACAUUGCCAGGAUCACCUUGGAAUCCUGGUGGGGCCGGGUUACCUCUGGGCUUCCUCAGGGGCCCCCACUUUAGAAGUGGGCCUUGGCUGAGAGCCACCUACCCACUCUCAAGUCCCCAGAGUAGCGACAGAGAGGCUGUAGGACUGGGGUCAAGGGUGCUCCGCCCCCCUCCAUCCUCUCUCCAGACCUGAGGGCACGCCACCCUUCUUCCCAUUGACAAAAGACACAGCCCAGUACAGGGUGUGGGGGUAAGGCAAGCAAGGGCAGCCACUCGGAAGGCCAGGACUAUGCAGGCAGUGAAGGGGACCCAGGGUCUCUGGCAGAAAA